CAGGCCGUGGUGGAGCACGCUUUUCUUGGAUCCCUUGCUCGUUCGGAUCCCAGCCCCUCUGUUCCUUACUCUCAUGGCGGCGGCCCAGCUGAGGGCCCCGGCUCAGCUGGGCACUAUGACCUUUGAUGAUGUGGCCAUAUACUUUUCCUGGGACGAGUGGGACCUGCUUGAUGAGUCUCAGAGGCGCCUGUAUUGUGACGUCAUGCUGGAGAACUUGGCUAUUGUAACAUCUCUGGGUUGUUGCCAGAAAGUGGAGAGUGAGGAGGUUGAUUUUGACCAAAGUGUUUCUGAUCGAGGAGUCUCACCUAUCAGGACUCUUAAGGUACCUUUGUCUCCUAGGAAAACCCAUCCCUGUGAAAUGUGUGGCCUGAUACUGAGAGAUAUUUUGCACUUGGAGGAGCCCCAGGGUACAUAUCACAAGCAGCAGCUACACAGCUGUGGGACAUGUGGGGAACAGUUGUUCUUGUGCUCUAGUCUUCACCAGCAUUGGAGGCAGUGUGGUGCUGAAAGGCCUGUUAGAAGCGAUGUGGACGGGGCUGUGUUCAUGAGGAACUGCAGGUGCCAUUUAUCAGAGAAGCCGUUUUACUGUAGACUGGUUGCACAGGCCUUCUUGGCCAAUUCUGAAUUUCUCCAGGAACAGACCACUAAUAUAAGGGGAGAGUCAAAUGGUAGAAAUGAGUGUAGGGUGUCCUUUCAGAAGAAAAAGUCUUUUCACAAAUGGGAAGAGUACACAAAAGCCUUCAGUUGCAAAAAAGCAUUUGGUUACUUUCAGAGAUUCCUGAAAGAAAGUUGUUUUAUGUGCAAUGAAUGUGGAAGCUCCUUUAGCAGAAGUGCUAGCCUCAACCCGCAUCAGAGGGUCCGUACGAAAGAAAGAACUUUCUCAUCGGAGCAAUGCGAACUGUUACUUACAAAGGCCCCCCAGAGAGAUCACACUAGAGACAGACCCUAUGAGUGUGAGGAAUGUGGGAAAUCGUUUACACGAAGCUCCAACCUGAUCACUCAUCAGAGGGUGCACACUGGUGAACGGCCUUAUGAUUGUGUGGAGUGUGGAAAAUCUUUUAGUCGAAAGUCCAACCUCAUUGUCCAUCAUAGAGUUCAUACCAAAGAAAGACCAUAUGAAUGCAAUGAAUGUGGAAAAGCAUUUUGCCAGAGCUCAACUCUCCUUCAGCAUCGCAGAAUCCAUACUGGAGAAAGGCCUUAUGAGUGCAGAGAAUGUGGCAAGUCCUUUACACGAUUCUCUGCACUCCGUCAGCAUCAGAGAAUUCACACUGGAUCCAGACCUUACAAGUGUACUGAAUGUGAGAAAUCGUUCGCUGAAAACUCUAGACUCAUUAAGCACAGGCGAAUUCACACUGGAGAAAGACCUUAUAAGUGCAGUGAAUGUAGCAGAAGUUUCUGUCAGAGGUCUUCUCUUCUUCGCCAUCAGACGGUUCACACUGGAGAAAGACCUUUUAAGUGUGAAGUAUGUGGGAAAGCCUUCGGGCAGAAGCCCAAUCUCAUUCAGCAUUGGAGUGUUCACAGUACAGAAAGACCUUUCAAGUGUGAGGAGUGUGGGAAAUCUUUCAGGCGGAAAUCUGAACUUAUUGAACACAGGAAAGUGCACACUGGAGAGAAACCAUAUUCAUGCAGAGAAUGUGGAAAAUCAUUUAGCCAGAAGUCCAAUCUCAAUAUACACCAGAUAGUUCACACUAGGGAAAGACCAUAUGAAUGCAACGAAUGUGGUAAGUCAUUCAGCCAGAACUCUACACUUGUCAAACAUCGGAGAAUUCAUACUGGGGAAAGGCCAUAUGAAUGCAGUGAAUGUGGGAAGACUUUUAACCAAAGUUCUGCUCUCCGUCAGCACCAGAGACUUCACACUGGAUCCAGACCUUACAAAUGUACUGAGUGUGGGAAAUCAUUUGCUGAAAACUCCAGACUUAUCAAACAUAGGCGUGUCCACACGGGAGAAAAGCCUUAUGAGUGCAGUGAAUGUGGGAAGUCCUUUGCUGACAACUCUAACUUUAUUCUCCAUCGGCGUGUCCAUACUGGAGAGAGGCCUUACGAAUGCAAGGAAUGUGGGAAAGCAUUUAGCCAAAGUUCAGCCCUACUUCAACAUCAGAGAGUUCACAGUGGAGAAAGGCCUUACAAGUGUAGUAAGUGUGGGAAAUCCUUUGCUAAGAACUCCAGUCUCAUUAAACACAGGAGUGUCCACACAGUAGAAAGCGCCUAUGGUGUCUCAAGUGUGGGAAAACUUCUACCUACAACCCCAGCCCCUAUAGUGUUCACAGAGAAAUCAUUGUGAUAAAUAUGGAAAAUCAUUUAGUCAAAACUCUUUCCUCAUUACACACUUGAUAAUUCAUCAUCAGGAAAGGCCUUAGAAUUGCAGUAAAUUUGAGAAAGGCUUCACUCUUACUGGAUAUCCUAAAGUUCACUUCAGAAAAACUGCAGUGAAUGGUAACUGUGUGUUUAAUACAACAGUACUUGUGUUGAUGCCAUCCUUCAGUAUUGAACUUCAUGCCCCCAUUAACAUUAAAUCCCAUGUGUUUGAGAUUGCUCUAUUGUACUGCCGUGUAGCAGGGCCCUUACCAGGUUGAAUAAUUGUCUGAUCUGUAGCAAAAGCCAUUUCACCUCUGCCACUUGGAA